AUGACUGUCUCUACUCAAGACCGACCUAAUGACCUGUAUAGCUCGCCCUAUCUGGUCGACUACUAUGACAUUGUUGCGCCGAGCUCCGAAUCCGUCGACGAUGCUUCGUUCUACUGGAAGGUCUAUCAAGACCUCAAAUCUUUGCGUUCGCCCCACUUCGACGACCCCUUUGUUCUGAUGGAUGUCGGAACGGGUACGGGCCGUGUUCUUCAUGGUCUAGAGCGUAACGCCGUCGAGAACAACGCCGAUUUUUCCAACACGGAAGUCUUGGGGGUGGAUAAUGCGCAACAUAUGCUUGACAAGGCCGAAAAAAUUACUUCAGGCCCUCUGAAGGGACAUGUCAGUUGGAUCAAUGGCUCUGCUCUUGACCUGGAGGCCGUGAUGCAAGACAGGUUCCACAAAAAGGUUGAUCUUCUCAUUUUCUCCAUCGGAUCAAUCAGCCAUCUGUCUGAGGAUGGUCAGCCACAGACCUUCCUUAACCAGGUCUCCAAGGUGUUGCGUCCUGGAACCGGACGAGCCUAUGUGUCCAUCUAUGAUGGCUCUCUCCUCCACAAGAAAAAGGACAUUGCCUUCCAUCAGCCGAAGGGUGUCACUGAGAUCAAAAGCAAAUUGUUUCCCCAUAUUGUGUACCGCGAAUCGAACCACAGAGGCGACUUGGAAGGUAACAUCAAAUACGUAAAGUUUGAUCUGGAGGCCGUGAACAGCGAGGAUCAAAGCGUCGUGGAGAAAAAUGACAUAUCCAUGAAAAUGAGACAGUGGGAGGAAGACGAGUUGGUGAGCCUUUCGUCCAAAACCGGAGUGACUUUCAUUGAGAGUAUUCGGGGCGCCCACGAGACAUUCUAUGUUUUCAACACGGCAGAAUAG